GGGGGUUGAGGGGCGGCGUGAGACUCCUCCCGGCCACGCGCGCUCGCUCGCUCACCACGCCGGGCAUCGCUCGCUCUACUCACACUUUAACAAUACAACUCACACUUUAACAAUACAACUUACGCGACAUUCGUCUUCAUUCAACAACGCGAGCAGGACGCGACUCAAAUAGCGAUGCUGCUGCGGCGGCGUUUGCACACGCAGUCAACAAACAACUCGACAACAAACUCGUCAAGAACACUGCCGUAAAGGGGAACGUAACAGCCAUCAUGCCGAAGGUUAAGUCCAAGGACCUGGGCCUUGAGACGGUGAAGUUGGAUCCAGCAGGGUCAGUGCGGCUCCUGGAAGAGAAGGUCCGGCAGAGGCACAGGAACAGGCUCGUGCUGGGCCAGCGGAAGGAGGAAGAGCGCAGGCUGGAGCAUCUGGUGCUGGGAGGGGAGGACGAUUUCAUACACAAGCUGGUGUCCACGCAGCCUCUUAAGCUCUCAAGCGCUGCAUCCGACUCCAGCGAUGACGAAGAGGUGGCUGAUGAGAAGCAUCAGGUGGAGAAGCAGCCUGUCUGGGAGGACGAGGACGACGCUGAUAAUGCCAAUGAGUUGGUGGACAUGAAGCACCAGUACCGCAGGGAGUUUGUGCGCCACGUUGACGAGAAGACGCUGCCCAGGGCCAAGCUGCAGCAGCGACUCAAAGCCGAGUUCGAGAAGGCCAUGGGCGGCGUUCCCGAGUGGGCUGACCUGUCCCGCAUCAAAAAGGAACGCCAGGCGAAGCACAACAGCGACGAUGAGCAGGAAGAAGAUGACGGUGAGGACGAUCUUCUCACCAGGACCGGGAACUACCUCGCAUCCUCGGAGAGCCUGCCCAAGGGCAUUCUACGGAUGAAGAACUGCAUCGCAGCAAACCAGCAGCGCACGUCGGACGCUCGCCUCACCUCUGUGCAGUUCCACCCCAGUGCCGCCGUGAUCCUCACCGCCGGACUGGACAGGUCGCUCUCCCUCUUCCAGGUGGAUGGUCAUACCAACCCGAAAAUCCAGAGUGUGUUCCUGGACCGGUUCCCGGUGUACCGCGCGAGGUUCUCUGCCGACGGGGAGAAGGUGAUCGCGACCGGAAUCCGCAGCAAGCCCUUCUACGUGUACGACAUGAUCGCCGGGAAGAUCACGCCCAUCCUCGCCAUCCGGGGCUUGGAGGAGAAAUGCAUAAAGCGUUUUGAACUCUCUCCCGACGGACGGUUCAUGAUGGUGUUGGGGACAUCGGGAGUUCAGCACCUAAUCAGUCUGAAGGCCAACGAGCUGGUGGGAAGCAUGAAGGUGAACGGGCAGGCCAACGCCGCCACCUUUUCCGCCGACGGAAAGAGGGUUUACACCACAACAGACGAGGGCCAGGUGUACGUGUGGGACGUGGACAGUAGGCGUUGCGUCAACCGCUUCACGGACGACGGCUGCGUCAACGGCUCGAGCAUCGCCGCCUCUCCCGACGGCCGCUACCUCGCCUGCGGGUCCGUGAGCGGCGUGGUGAACCUGUACACGUGCGACGAGUGCCACUCCAAGCCCAACCCCGCACCCAUCAAGGCCCUCAUGAACCUCGUCACCCCGACAACGAGCCUGGCCUUCAACUCCACCUCCGAGAUCCUCGCCAUGGCGUCCAACGAGGCCAACGAGGCCGCGAGACUGGUCCACGUCCCGUCCCAGUCGGUGUUCUCCAACUUCCCCGUAUUUCGCCGCAAGACGAUUUACCUUGCGCAGAUGAUGGCCUUCUCGCCACACAGCGGCUUCCUCUCGAUCGCAAAUAACAAGGGCAUGGCGCUGCUGUACAGGUUAAAACAUUAUUCAGACUUCUAAGAAGACCUGCUGCACAUGUCCCAGAUGAACGAAGACUGAGAGAUGGGGGGAAUGUUUUAUGCGCUCAUGGGAGUCUUGUAUAAAAAGGACCUCAAUAAACCUUUGUUUGCAGGAGCUUGAUGUUU